AUGGCUUCAUCAUCAUCAUCGUAUCAACAUGCUCAACCAAUCCCAGCUACAGAUAGACUAGUUUCAGUACUAGUAAAUUUGAUUCCGUUCUUGAACGGGUUAAAAUAUGGAACUUAUUUAUUCCACAAAUACCCUAUAUUAGAACUACCAUUUAAUCCACUUAUACCAUUGCUGGAAUUCUACAAAGCAAUACCUGGUAUAUUUAUACUCUUAACUCUUUACCUUGGGAUUAUUAGAGACAGGAAUUUUAGUAGGUUUGUGAGGUUUAAUUCACAACAAGCUUUGGUAAUGGAGAUCAUGGUUCUGGUUCCUGAAUUGGCUAAGAAAGUACUAGUGGGUGCCGAUACAAUGGAACAGAUUGGGUUUAAGUUUGAAUUGUUGAAACUUAGUCAUGAUGUUACGUUUAUUCUGACCGUGGCCGCGUUUGUUUAUGCGGUUUACAAGUGUGUUCUUGGGAGGAUACCUAAGUUUCCUGGUAUUAGUCAUGCUGUUGAGUGGCAGAUUUUCGCUAUUGAUAGGCAACUCUGA